CCCGUUCUUUACCAGGUGGCUAAAGUGGGGGGGAGUAUCGCCAUUAUUGAAUCCGUGUAUAGGACUCAUUUGCCGCUUCCACACGGCAAUCAUACACACCCACAUAGCUAGAUAAGAAGAAGAAGAAGAAAAGAUAUGGAAGGUUUCAUGCGUAUGUUUUCGACUUUCUUCGUCGGUCUCCUGCUUCUGGUGGCUACAGCUGGGAUAGGGCCAAAUGUAAUGGUUGCUGAGGCAAGAAAAUGUGAGAGUCAGAGCCACAAGUUCGCGGGAAUUUGCUUGAUAGAGAGCAAUUGUGCAUCUAUUUGCAAAACUGAGGGUUACAGUGGAGGCAACUGCGGCGGUUUUCGCCGCAGAUGCUUCUGCACCAAAGAUUGUUAAUGAGUAAUGUACUACUAAUCGCUCUCAGCUAGCUAUAUCUGUUGGGAGGAUGCAUACAUCGGCCGGAGGAAACUGAUCAUGUGUCAGACGUCGACAAACCGUACUUACAUGUUUAGAAUAAGUGGCGUUGUGCCUUCUUGUGUUUUAAAUUUGGUGAUCUAUGUUAACUUGGAUUUAUGUAUGAUCGUAAUGCCACACAUUUAUAUUGCAGUUUUUUCUUCUUAA